AUGGUGCAAACGAGGGCGAAAACCGGUGCUGCCGACCAGCCGGCUGAUUCUGGUCGCGCUGCACGCUCCACGCGCCAACGUGGAACCACCGAGAAUAACACGGGAAACGCGCUGCCGGCCGGAGCCAGGAGUAAAAGGAAAGGAAAGCAGCUCGCCGCGCCAACGGGUAUUUCCGAUGACGAGGAAGACGACGAGGAAGACGGCGCCGAUGAUGAUGGUGAAGAUGAGGUCAAGGUAGAUACGAAGGAUGCAAUCGGGGCAAGGAACCUCGAAAUCCCCCGCCGCGGCGCGCGGGAGCCCGUGAGGAGCAUCAGUCCGCCGCCGAGUGAUAUCGGCUCCCAGAUGGGCACACAAAAAGCUACAACGCGAUUCACAAAUCCGUACACCCGUGACUCAAGUGUCCAGGCCUCAUCGCAACCGCGAGGUCCACAAGACCAACAACGCAGCUCUUUCGGAGAGCAGUAUGACGAGGAACCGAGGACCCAACGCGGCAAACUUGACGUCCAUCCUGAAGAGUUGGCAGCGAUUAGAGAAGAUGCCCUUGAGCCCCUGUGGAGCACCACCCAAGGUCUCGCCAGAUUCUUGUUCAAGCCAGACAUCGAAAACCGUUUCCAGAACCCGCUUCUCAGGAUCCAGCGCGACAACUGGGCCAACAUUGUCGACACUAUCUUUACCAACCACGCGAACGAGUUGUUCAUCGAUCUAUCCGGUGUCUCAGAUUCGCUCAGUGAUGACAUCCAGGUUAGAGGCAGGGCCGUCAUCGCCGCAUCGAAUGCAGCGUGCCUACAGAACGAGCUGGUCAAAAUACGCCUGCAAAUCGCCGACUUCUCAUUCAUUGUUGAGCAUCUGAAUGCGGACUUCCCAAAACCAUUCUUCAAUUAUGUCCCUGGACACUACCACGAGGCAAUAACCGACGAAAUGAUCAGCCUGGCGAUCGAAAUUCGCACGCAGACUGUCAUCUCCAGGCUGCGAGAUUCGGACCCUUCAGAACAGGAUCCAGCAGGCGUCGCCGCAAAUCUCUUCUGCAACGUCGACCCUUCGGUGGACGGCGAAGAGGCCCUCAAACACGGACCCUACCAUUCCAUAUGCGACAAUGUCGAAUCGCCUCUGGCCGCCCAACGUGCUAGAGACAUUGUAGAGCUCAUCGAGGGCAAGGACGCGGCCCACGCUGUCGCAGCAUUAGCUGAUGCAUAUCCCUUCGGACAACUCUCAUCAAAUCUCACAAAGUGGGCCCACGACAUCAUCGAAAGAACUGAAGACCUCAUUCGAGAAGCGCCGCCCGACUCGUCCAUGCGGCGGUCACCGUCCCCGACAGACUCCAUAUCUUCUUCAGAGCCGCAGGAGUUCGUUCGCAAGAAUGUUCACGAAAACCUGAACGAUCGAAACGUAGUAAAACACCUCAUGCAGCUCUCCCGUCAACGGCGCACAUCAUCCCCACCACCGCCCCAACAACCUCCCGUCGAGGACGAGGCUGUACUCCGUGGAAUCGUCAGUCGCAGCACCAGUCGCGCCGCACCAGAACCAUCCACGGCCGCCCGAAACACAGCGACCCCCGGUCCCUCCGGCUUCACCCCCGUCAACGGCACCAAACGCCCCCCUCAAUCCCAGGACACCGACGACGCCUUCGAAGAAGACACCCGCUCGCCGGACCCCGAACGCAGAGCUCAGCUCGACCGCGACAGACGCGACAUGCCACCGCCAGCGCACCGCCCUCGCAAACGCCAACGCGUCCCCUCCCAGCCCGAACCCCAACCAUCCUCCUCGCGCCCGCCGACGGCGUCGUCGAACCCGACAAACAGCAGCCAGCUGGCUUCCUCACCGCCCCCGUCCUCCUCGUCGCGCCCACCAGCAUCGUCCGAUCCCGCCAACGCCAGCAGCCAGCCUCCACCCUCGACAGGCCUUAAUUUCACCCAGAUCCGUCAGCAGAACCGCCUCCCGCCGAGCAGAGGUCCUGGCGCCCCCCAGCGUCAGCCCUGGAGCGAUAUGGACACCUCCCGCCUCAUCAAGCUGGUCGACCUGCAUCACUGCAAGUGGGCCGUCAUUGCCAGGCGGCAGGAUCCCCCGCAACACCUUGAGGAGGAGAUGGACCUAGUGCUGGACGUUAAGAGAGACCAGCAGGCCAUUCGCGACAAGGCCCGCAACGUCAAGGUCGAUCUGCUCAAGGCCGACCUGAACCUCUUCCGAGGAUUCGACGACAUCUUCCUCGGCAAAAAGGAGCGUCUCGCCCUGAUUGCCCGCGGGAAGAACCCCGACCGGAAGGAGGCAGACGUCGACGAACACGACAUCCCAACAAACACGGACUACUUCGCCACGGACUGA